AUCUAGCCAGCUUCAAAGCAAACGCACAAGCAAGCUCAGUAAGCACGCCAUGGGAAUGAAGCGAUGCGUCGUUCCUAGCAUCCUGCUGAUGCUUGCACUGCAGGCAGCCCUCCUCGUCGCCGGCGACGUGGACGCCAUUCUCCUGCCGAGCCAAGGCCAAGACGAAGCAGCCAUGGCGGCCAAGAAGAGGCCGUGGAAGUGCUGCGACCAGGCGGUGUGCACCAGGUCCAUCCCGCCGAUCUGCCGCUGCAUGGACCAGGUCUCCGAGUGCCCCUCCACCUGCAAGGCCUGCGGGCCGUCCGUGGGCGACCCGUCCCGCCGCGUCUGCCAAGACCAGUACGUCGGCGACCCCGGGCCCAUCUGCAGGCCCUGGGACUGCUGCGACCUGCCCCUGUGCACCAGGUCCAACCCGCCGACGUGCCAAUGCAUGGACGAGGUCGACAAGUGUGCUCCGACCUGCAAGACCUGCCUGCCGUCCAGGUCGCGCCCUUCUCUCCGCGUCUGCAUCGACCGCUACUUUGGACCCUUCCCGCCCGCGUGCACGCCGUCAGAGGCUGUUGCCGCCGGCGGUAACUAGCACGCUCACGCGUUGAUCACCCGAUCAACGCCGUCGAGUGUCCUCUCCCGCCCUGCUGCAGCAGCAGUGUCUAAGAAUAAAAUAGAAAUGGAUGGCCUAUAUGUGUGGUGGACACACAAUUAUGAAUAAGACAACGUGGCAAUGUUCGAUCUUUAUCUUUAUAUAAACGAACGGUGCUGUUUUCUUCCGCUUCA